AUGAAGAAAAUGGUAGAUUCAAAGGAGCGACAUGGGAACUUGGUAAAGAAGGAGGUGCUGUUUGAGACAGCACUGACUGCUCCAAAGAUGACAGAAGACGAGAGUAAGGACGUGAUGAGCUACAUAAAUAUGCGAUUCAGAGAACGAACAUUCGACAACUACGAAUACAAGGAAGUUAGAGAUGCGUUAGAAGAGGAAGCCUACACGUAUGAGCUAUGCACAGAAAAUAAGGAGCUACUGGAACUGUGGGAUGAUAUCGAAGGAGCCAUUGAUAUGCAUAAAUAUGCAUAA